AGCAAUUGAUUAGUCGAUUGAUUUUAGUAUUGACGCUGUCCGUUUCAACAGCUACUACGACAUGACCUUAUCAACAAUGAAACAUGUGAAAACUGAUUACCGCAACAAAAUGAGCGAUGAAUUACUCGCCGGUUGCUCAAGUAUUUUAUUUGAAACAAAGCAUACUAUUGGUAUGGAUGUAGACUCCAUUAUUGAUGCAUUCGCUAAAUUAAAACGCCAUCGUGAACAAUUGACAUUGUAAAAAAAAAUCAUUAUCCUUUUUACGGUAUCUAAUUUCUAACGAAAUGCGGGCCAGUGCGCUACUGUGUUCUGGAUCCGCCGCUGGAUAGAAUCGCGCUUUUAACUGCAUUGAUUGUCGCAAACGUUAAAGUUUUGGCUAUACAAGUGUAUUUGACCUAAAAGGAAAAAAGGGAUACAAGGAAAAGCAAAAACCAAAUUCCCCACGUUUGCUCGACCAAGCUGGCAAACAAAACAAAUUUGUUAUGGUUGGGCUUGGGCGGCUGUUAGUAAGGCCGAGUCGUACCACAUCACCGGUCCGAUAGGACGAUCGGGCCGGCCGUCAGUCCUGUUGCGUCACCGUACGUACGUACUAGCUGCCCCCCUCUUGUUUCUAUUUCUACCUACCGGCUACAAAUUAAAAUGCAUGAACACCAUUUUUUAUCUUUUACUAAAACUGGCUUAGCUUGCUUAGUAGGCCUCAUUUGCUUUACCGGAUUUGGUUUAUUUUAGUGUGAAAAUGCAUGCAUUAACAACUCUUAUUAUUUGAUGACCUCGUUUCCAUGGAUGUACUUGCAAAACAUUUGUAUGCAUGUUAGAAUAGCCUCCCUCAAAUAUUGCGGUGCGCCCAAAUACGGGCAAACUUUAAUGGACGGAAGAUGUUAGGAUUGAGAUUUGAGAGAAUUCUUCUUAGAUUGUUGUUGACCUUAAAAUUCGAAUCUAUCGUGUGGUAGAUGUUCUCAUCCCACAUUACUAUUAGGCCAAUCCUUUAGGAUUGAUUGAGAGGUUUUUAAAAUUAUAAAUAACAAAAUUAAAUAAUUUAUUUUCGGAAAAAUUAAAAAACUACCAUUAAAUUUUCACCGUAUUAGGCAAGUUAUCAUUGAGUUGGGGUAUAGAAAGAAACUUCUUAUUAAUAGACACCCGAUUUUGUGUUGCAUGAUAUAAUCUUCCCAAAAUCUAAAGAAGGGGAUAAUAAAUUAACCAUUGACCAAUAACUAGAGUCCACGUGUCCAACAUUCACCUCAUUCAGUCUCCAUCAAUAAUCUCCCUUCCCCCGAUUGGUGUGUGAUAAUUGGUCGCUAAUUUUGCGCCAUAUAUAUUCGGCGCAGGGCGCCAUUGCGGCGUUGUGAGCAGUUUCCUUCCGGGGGCGUCCAAAAACCAUUAAGAAAGAAAGGACCCCAAUCAUUCCAUACUUCCCCUUUCCGCCGCUCGACAAUUUUGAGUCCUUUCAAGCCUUCGCCAAUGGCGGGUAGCAGCAGUACAGGUUUAGUGGCUUACCUCUUGACGGCCUUCUCACUCGCCGUCGUCUUUGCCUUUUUCAUCGCAGACCCUGUUUCCAGAACCCCGAAAAGUUCCAGUCUUUUGAACUCUGCAGCUAUACAUGGCAGCACUGAUAAAGUUUGGCCGGUACGUUCAACGAUUUGAGCGAGUUGCUUGCCAUGUGUUUGACAUUUUGCCGGAGAAGGUUCUCUCUCUUUUAAUCCCUUGCUGUGUUUUUUUUCCGGUGGGCUACAGAGGUUGGAGUUCAGCUGGAGGUCAGUACUGGCGACAGUGAUAAGAUUUCUUGGAUCGGCAUGCGGGACAGUUGGUGGAGUUGGAGGAGGGGGGAUUUUCGUUCCCAUGCUUACUUUGAUCGUUGGAUUCGACACAAAAUCGGCUGCUGCGAUUUCCAAAUUCUUGAUCAAUUUUAGCGAUUCUCCUUUACAAUGUCUACUCCUCCUCCUGGUGUUGAUGGCCAUGUCUCUGAUGGCUCUGACUCGUCUGAAUCUGGAAACCCAGGUCAGACCUCUUCCACUCCGCCGCCGAUCCCAGCACAACCUCUUCAAACCCUAUCACAGGUGCCUCCUCAAGCACCCAGAUAUGAGGAUCCGUACCUCAAUCCUUACUAUCUUCCUCCUCACGAUGGAGGUUUGACCACCAUCAUCUCCAUGAAGCUGACUGACCAGAACUACAACCUCUGAAGCCAGAUGAUGGAGCUUGCACUCAGCACUAAAAACAAACUUCAGUUUGUCAAUGGUAUGAUUCCUGUUCCUCAACCCACUGACCCGAUCUGGCAAUCUUGGCAUCGCUGUGACAGUACAGUGCGAUGCUGGAUAUACAACUCUCUUUCUGAUGAUAUUGCGAAUAGUGUGGUGCCCUUUCGUGUUGCUAAAGAAGUUUGGGACAAUCUGCGAGACAGAUUUAGUCAAGAAGACUAUAUUAGGGUGUAUGAGCUCAAAGAGCAGGUUUCUAAGCUCGUUCAGGGUGAUCUGACUGUUUCACAGUACUACACAGCUCUCACCACAAAGUGGCAAGAAUACAAGAUGUAUAGACCACUUACUUGCUGUCCUUGCCCUAAUAGUCCAUACCAUACUAUGACCAGAUAUCAGGAAGAAGACUUUAUCAUCAAGUUUAUGCAGGGGUUGAACGAUUCUUACCAAUCAGCACGUACCCAGGUGCUUAUGAGUACUCAUUUACCUAGCAUUGAGUCUGUUUUUAAGCAGAUGGUUCAACUUGAGCGACAGCUUAAGGGUUCUGCUACCAAGGCUGGGGUGAAUUCUCUGGCUCUGUUAGCUCAAGGGUCUCCUUCUUCUGGACGCCCAAAUUCCAAUUCCAAUUCCAAUCCCAAUGCACGAAACCCUCGUGAUUAUACCACUGAAGGCAAGAAGUGGUGUCGUUAUUGCAAAAAGGAAAACCAUACCAUCCACGAGUGUUAUAGGUUGAAGAACAAGAAGUCUAGGGAGGGUGCAGAUGGUACUCCCUUUGCUGGUGCUGUUGAUGUUUCUGGUUCUGAUGGGAGCAGUAAUACUAGCUCUGUGGCAACAGGAUCAGAACCAUCCUUGAGUUCCCUGUUUACACCUGAUCAAUUUGAGAAACUCAGGACUCUUCUGAAUGGGUCUCCAUCUCCAUCUCCCUCACCUCCUAAUUCACCACAUCUACCCAAUGUCAAUGCAGUGAUCAGGGCACCACCACAGACACCUCACUUUGCAGCCAGCACUUCAGGUAAUGCUUCCUUGCCUUCAACCUUGAAUGAAACCAUCUGGGUAUUAGACACAGGUGCUACAGACCACAUAAUCUGUAACCUGUCUACCUUCAUCAAGUAUAAACCUAUGGAAGGUGUUAAUGUGUCUUUACCUAAUGGACACCAUGUAAAAGCCACUCAUAUAGGCAUAGUCAGGUUACCUUGUGGAUUGUUUCUUACCCAAGUCCUCUUCAUUCCUUCCUUUACUUACAAUCUUGUUUCUGUAAGUAAGUUAACCAAAAAUCAUCCUGUCUCACUAGUCUUCCAAUCCAAUUUUUGCACUAUUCAGGACCUUAUUACUCGGAGGAAGAUUGGUUUAGCCCAAGUUGAUAAAGGCCUCUACCUCUUUUCUGAUUCCAAGCUUCAAGAAUUCCAUUCCCCAGUUCCUUCUUCCAGUUUUGCAGCAGGAGUUUCCAGUUCCAAGUUUUCCACUUCUGAUAUUUGGCAUGCCAGACUAGGCCAUCCUUCUUUUUCUAGGAUGCAGUUUGUUAAGAAUGUUUGUAAUGAUGUUGUUCUUCCUUCUUCCAAACAUUGUGAGACUUGUCACUUGUCUAAACAGAAAAGACUCCCAUUUCCUAAUAGCACUUCUGUUAGUUCAGAUGCCUUCUCUUUAAUCCAUGUAGAUAUCUGGGGUCCUUUGAAUACCAUUUCAAGAGAAGGUUAUUCCUAUUUCCUUACUAUUGUUGAUGACCACACUCGAGCUGUUUGGGUGUUCUUAAUGGAAUCUAAAUCAGAAGCCAACCCUCUUUUGCAGUCAUUCUGCAUAAUGGUCAAAAACCAAUUCUCCAAACCCAUCAAAACCAUUCGAACUGACCAAGGUCAGGAAUUCCACAUGGCUGAAUUUUAUCGCAGUCAUGGUAUUACUCAUGAAAUGAGCUGUGUUUACACAGCUCAACAAAAUGGCCGAGUUGAACGUAAGCAUCAGCAUCUACUUAAUGUGGCACGUUCACUCAAAUUCCAGUCAGGCCUCCCACUUUCUUUUUGGGGGGAUUUUGUUUUGCACGCAGCCUAUCUCAUCAAUCGAACCCCAACACCUCUGCUUGAUCACAAAUCACCUUAUGAAAUGCUUUAUCAUAUUCCCCCAGAUUACAUGAGUCUGCGUGUCUUUGGUUUCCUGGCUUAUGCCACCACUGUUGGUGGUCAUAAGACCAAAUUUGACCCUCGAGCCAGGAAAUCUGUCUUCCUUGGCAUUCCAACUGGUAUUAAAGGCUUCAAACUCCUUGACAUUGAUUCUCAUCAAGUCUUCAUCAGUAGAGAUGUUCUCUUUCACGAGACUAUCUUGCCAUUCAAACAACCCUCACCAACCAACUCCACAACUGUUCCUCCUGAACAUCCCUCUUCAUCUGUUUUGGAUGAUGAUGUUCUUCUAUUUCCAUCUACUGAUGCUCCUAGCAAUUCCUCUACUCCUGCUGCCAAUCACUAUCCUUCUGACUCUGAUAGUGAGAAUGACCAACCUUCCUCUCACUCCAGUCCCUAUCCUUCCUCACAUAGUCCCUCUCCUUCCUCACACAGUCCCUAUCAUCACUCUUCCUCUUCUUCCAUCCCUUCAUCCUCUGCCAAACCAGUAGUUCCCUCUAGGAAAUCCACAAGGGUACCUGUCUUUCCUAAGAAAUAUGAUGACUUUUAUGUUGGUUCUGUCCAAGUCAGUAUGUCCCAUCUCACUCCUCCUCAGCAACAUUUUGCUCUCACCUUGCUUACCAAUGAGGAGCCAGUGAGUUAUGCUGAAGCUGCUAGAGAUCCCAGAUGGAAUGCAGCCAUGAAUGAAGAAUUCAGUGCACUUCAAGCUAAUGACACAUGGGACAUUACUGACUUGCCUGGGGGGGUUAAGCCAAUUGGCUCCAAAUGGGUGUACAAAACAAAGUACAAGUCAGAUGGAGCUUUAGAAAGGUUUAAGGCAAGAGUUGUUGCUAAAGGAUACACCCAGAUUUAUGGGAUUGACUAUUGUGAUACCUACUCACCAGUGGCUAAGAUCACUUCAGUUAAGAUGUUAUUGGCUGUUGCUUAUGUUCAGAAAUGGCAUUUACACCAAAUGGACGUGAACAAUGCAUUUCUGAAUGGUGAACUUGAGGAAGUGGUCUACAUGGAAUUGCCACCUGGAUUAAGGGAUCUGCCUGAGUACAAAGGAAAGGUUUGUAGGCUUAAGAAGUCUAUUUAUGGACUGAAACAAGCCAGUCGAAUGUGGUAUGCAAAAUUGACUGAGUCCUUAAUCAGUAAUGGUUUCAAACAAUCUCUUGCAGACUAUUCCAUCUUUCUUUCCACUGUUCAGGGACAUUUGGUUGUCCUGAUUGUUUAUGUUGAUGAUAUAGUGGUUGGGAGUGCUAGCCUUGAAGCAGUUAAGGAAGUUAAAAAGAUGUUGAUGUCAUUGUUUAAGAUGAAAGAUCUGGGAGAGUUACAGUACUUCUUUGGCCUGGAAGUUAGCAGAACAGAUAAGGGAAUUCAUGUGUGUCAACGAAAGUAUUGCAUUGAACUCCUAAAGGAAGCUGGUUUUGAUGAGUGCAAACCAGCUAAAACCCCAUCAAGUGUCAAACAAGUUCUCUCUGCCUCAGAUGGGGAACCUUAUCUUGAUAUUCCCUUGUUCAAACACCUUCUUGGGCAACUCCAGUACCUGAAUAGCACUAGACCUGACAUAACCUUUGCUGUGCAACAGUUGUGUCAGUUUCAAGAUGCUCCAACAACUGUGCAUAACAAGGCCUUACAUAGGGUAUUCAGGUACCUCAAGAAUUCACCAGGCCAAGGCGUAUUCUAUCCCAGUGAUUCUACUAUGCAGUUAACUGGUUUUAGUGAUUCUGAUUGGGCUACUUGCCCUGAUUCCAGAAGGUCUAUCACAGGGUUCUGCACUUUUCUUGGUAAAGGAUUGAUCAGUUGGAAAAGCAAGAAGCAGAGCACUGUAUCUAAAUCGUCUUCUGAAGCAGAAUACAGAGCUCUAGCUCACCUUAGUUGUGAAGUCCAGUGGUUGGUCAGGUUACUUGCUGACUUUGGUAUUGAUCAUCCUUCUCCUGUUAUGGUGUUCUGUGAUAACCAGUCCGCCAUACACAUUGCAAGAAACCCUGUGUUUCAUGAACGGACAAAACACAUUGAAGUGGAUUGUCACGUUAUCAGGGAGAGAUUAACCAAUGGGUUGAUAAGUUUACAUCAUUUGUCCACUGUCCAUCAACUUGCUGAUUUGUUUACCAAAAGCUUGGGCAUAGAUCGUUUUAACCUUCUACUGUCCAAGCUGGGAGUCUCUGGAAGACCCUCGCCAGCUUGCGGGGGGGUAUUGGAGUGAUGAAUUGGAUCACCAACAGCAGCAGCUCAUUCUUCAUUGAUCACCCUCCUGCAUCAAGCUGCUGCUGUAAGAAGUGAAGGUUGGCUUUCCCACGAAGUGCAGAACAUGAUUAAGACGGAACGACGCCGUUCUUCUCCUAUCCAGAAACAAGGAUUGAAGUGAAACGUUGCCGUUCCGCUGCGUGAAGAGAAGUGGAUUCCAAGCCGCUGCCGUUUUGUUUUAAAACGUUGUUAGUAGUUAGUUAGACAGCUGUACAGGUUUCAUUGGUUAGUUUGUUGGUUUGUUUUUACUGUAGAUUAGCCGUUGCUAAUCUCCUUUCCCCUUUGUACAGACCUGUAUAUAUAUGAAAUGCAGUACCAAAAGGAUCUCGGUUGAGAAUCCUUCCACCAAAAACCCUAUCUACUCAUUUUCUUCUCAGUAAAGCUUUUCUUUUCCU